AUGAUUGAUCAAAUUAUUCCACGCCUCAAAGAGGAAGUCGCUAUCGAUGGCGCUACAGGUAAUAACAUGAUCUGCACACCGCCUGCUUUGGACGAAAGAUAUAAAGCAUUCCUAUGGGAGCAUUUAAAAACAGCUCAGGAUUUGGAGUUUUAUGAGGCCGACCAUCCUCACAAUGAAACGACAAGCAAAACCAAACCUCGAACAUCGAAAACGAAAGCUUCAACAACAAAAAAGUCAGCAUCCUCUUCUAAGAAAAAGAAACAACAACCCAAAAAGAAAAAGAAAACCUUUCGUGGAGGUUCCGAUGAUGACUUUGAUCCCGACUUUGAUCCCGAUGCAAGUGCUGAAGAGGACAACGAUAACGACGACGACGACGAGGAACUUGAUUUUGACGACGAAGAAGAAGACGAACCUAAGAAAAAGAAAAAGAAAACGUCCACGCCAUCGCCAAGAUUACAGAAAGAGCAGCUCUUGUACGGUAUUCCACCGGGCAAUACACUUUCCCCUAACCUCAUUGUUCUCUUGCAAGAAAUCAUCAAAACCCGUACGAAAGGUUUAUACCAAGCUUCCAUCACUAAACUGUUGGAUAUUGAUUCUCGUUCUACCGGCCAUUACUGUAAAUCGCUAGAAGAAAAGGGUGCCAUCACCCGUAUACCUGUAGCGAUCAACGCGAUGCGUACAAAUAUCUGCAUUCACGCCCGUUUUCAAGCCAGCAAAGGAGUCCUCGAUAUGAAUAACAUCGGUGAUGAAUCAGAAAAAGCCCUUGAAAAACCUUUUAAUGUCAAUGCCGAUGGUAAAGUCUUCACAGAGGAUACUCUCCUAGAGAUGUUGGUUCUUUUAGCCAAAGAUGCACCCGAUCACGCUAUCCUUUCAGAAGAAUUACUCAGAGCUUGUGGUUUUGACCUGAACAAUAAAUCCGUCCGUAAGUGGAGCAAUCGAACCAUUGAAAUCUUGGAAAUCAAAGGUUAUGUCAAAAAGACAAAUGUUACCAUGCCAGAUAAUCCGCGAAAGAUUUACAGAUGUCUGCAAUUGUUAAAAAUACCCCAAGCUAUGUCAAAACCAACGAACGAACCAAUGACUACAAAGAUUGAAUUUCCUUUGAAAAUCAAUUCUACCACCACCACCACCACCAUCACCACCAUGCCAACCACCCCAGGCAAUGUGGGUUUCCAUCAUCUCCAUUUUCUCUUUGAUAAACCUUUAGAAGAUCAGAUAUAUCAAGCCAUCGAAGCUGCCGGUGACGUUGGUAUCACGCAAAAAGAAAUCGCUGUGGUAUUGAACAUUUUCGAAGGACGCGUCCUGUAUAAAGCCCUUGAUAAGAUGUGUGAAUGUACAGCUCCUGCCAAGUACACGCUCGGUCGUGUCAUGGAAUUCGAAGGCAAAAUCAAAAGAUUCAGAUAUUAUUCCUAUAUGAACUACAAAAAGGUCGUUGAACAACAAACAGAGAUAGAUCCCCCACCUGUUCUACCCCCGCAUGCCAUCCCUUUACCGAAAAAAUCAGGGAAAUCACGCGGUAGACCGCGUAAGACGCCAGCUUCUUCCACAGCCGCUGCAUCAGCUGUUGGCACCUUAAAAAAGAAUACCCGACGUUCUUUUCUGCCCAUCGAGGUAUUAAAGGCACAAAUGGCCCAGACGGAUUCACCCGCGGAAGCCGCCACAGCGACCACCGAACCGACCCCUAAGCGUAUGACCGCUGCUACGGACGUGCCCAGAACACAAAAGAGACAAUCUGAGAAUGACAGUAGCAACGCUGCGAACACGCCAUUGGCGCCUUCCAGACCUAGCAAAAAAGCAAAAUCAGCCUCUACAGCUGUGGCAUCGAAUCAAGCACCCACUUCAAAGGCAAAGAAUAAGAUAUCUUACUAUUUCCGCAGUACAAAAACACGUGCGGAGGAUCAACCAGAGAAGGAAGCAUUACUGUCCGCAUCUUCAACACCUGUGACUCGGUCGAGAGAGUCUACUCCUGCCAUACCAUCGCCUUCCCCAUUACUUCCAAAAACAGCUGACAAUGCCUCUAUCGAUACAAAUUCAAGCCCUCAGGAGCAGCAGGCAUUAACAACACCAUCCAUUCCUAUGGAUAUGGAUAAGGAAGCCAUUGCAGAAGACGAGCCAGCAGACGUGUCAGCCAGUAUCGAUGUAGCUCCAUCACAAGCAGCAGAUACGAACUCUACCGCUUUAGUGCUUGCAGGUCCUACGACCGUGUCUACCACUUCAACACCGGCCGUGUCCAGCGUAGUGAUCGCGAAUGGCAUCAAGAAAUACUCCCAUCUAACAGCAAAACCAAGUAACAUCUACUUGGAAAAACGUAUCGAAGUCUUUCUCUCCAUUCUUCAAGAUCGUUCUAUCCUUGAAAUUGACAAGUCUUUUCGUCGUCUAUAUGAUGCAAAAGCAGCUGCCAUCUUUCCUGAGAAUUUUCAGAAUAAAACCCAAGUCGACAUGAGAACGUUACGUCGAACAGCCGCCGAGAUUGCGAAAAGAAAUUUGGCCACCGUGACGACCAUUGAAUACCCUUUACUUAACGGUCGAUCCAAGACAAAGACGCUGUUGGUGCGUAGCGAUAUUGACAUUCAAGGUGAGCAGUACAAAAAAUUUGUCGGCUAUCUGAAAGAGUUGAAGGCCUAUCACGAUCCUGCCGUCAUCUGGAGACGCUAUGAUAAGGCCCAAUUUACCGUCGAGCCUCUGCAGGACCGUCUUGAAAGAAUGCAGCGUCAAGUAGAGCAAUUGCAAGAAGAAGGCGAGAUCAAUAAAGCAAGAGAUUUGGAAGCGCAAAUCGAAAAAUGGAAGAAAAACUUGAACACGUUCAAAGAAUCGAGCCGAGCGAAAGGAAGUACUUACUGGUUAAUUCAAGCGAUGCAAUACGGAUGGCUGAAUGCUCCCAUGAUGAGAGCUAAAGCGCUACACCAACACAUAUUACGCUUGAUCGAACAGCAUGUCAACGGCACAGACGCUGAAGAGCGGACCAUUUAUCUGAAAACCAUCGUCAACUAUAUGACGGUUGAGCUGAUCUGUCAAACCAUUGGCAUUUUCAACCCGACAGAGCAAGUCAAAGCAUUCCUGCAAGUGCCUCAGAAUUCAGAUGUGUUGGUCAAAGACUUGAGUAAAGAAUUGAAACGACAGAUAUUGAGUGAACAGAAUAAGUUUCGGCGACGAUUGCGAAGCAUCAUGAAUAUGUUGGUCUACAUCAAAGUGCUGACUCCUUUACGAGGCGACUUUUUUGAUGCCAACGAGACAGUCCAGAAUGUCUCUGUGAAUUACAUCAUGCUGGCGGAACGAUAUAAACUAAACAGUCAAGUACCCAUCCUGAAUCGUAAACGCAAAGGUACGCCGGUCCUGCAUACACUGACCAUCAAGAACAAUGAUGAUUACAUGGACUUUUGGAGGGAGCUGCAGUAUGCUUGCACUGGCAAUGGUCUCACCGUAUUACCAUCAGAAGAACAGGCCCCUGAACCUACCGAUCCCCUGGAGCUCAUCAUGCAUCGUACCAUGCACAAUUUGAAAAACUGGAGCAAGAAAGCAAUAUUUAGCCGUGAACAAAGAAAGAUAUUGAACAGCUACCUUGACAAGAGCAGCCUGACAACUCCCGUAAAUAACCCAAAGCUGAUGCGCCAUAUUGCGGCCGAGACAGAGUUGGGCUAUGAUGAAGUUUACUAUUAUUAUGAAAAGGUGCAGAAUGCCUUUGACCUUAAACUGAAAACUAACGAAGUGAAGAAAUUUGCACGCGAAAUUAAACGCCGUAAUCCUCCGGAAAAGACGGUGUAUAAGGGACGAGUCGUUGGUUUGAAUUCUAGUCGUGCUUUCCGACUCAACCGGGACCGUAACCCUAUCCUUAAUGCAGGUUGUGAAAUUGUCGUGGAUAAUCAGACGCGAAACCAGAUAAACAAAGAUCUAGAAGAGCGCUUUAAAGAUGAACUGGAAUAUUACGAUAAGAUGACGGAGCUACCUGUUAUUGAAGACCCUGAGGACUCUGGUUACAAUUUAAAUCGAAAACGUCGUAAACGUACCAUCUGGUCUGCACAUGAGAAUGAUUUACUAAUCUACGCAUAUACUAUAUUGCAAUCCCGGUUCACAAAAAGAAAAAGAUACCUUUGGGUGUCUAUACAACAACUAUUUCCUGACAAAACUCCUAAUGCUGCCCGAAAUCAUCUUAUGCAAUUGCUAGCCUUUACUUAUUAUGCCGAAAUGCUGGAAAGCUGCAAGCGAUUAUGGCCUACCAUCUAUAAAAGCGGAAUUAGAAGUGGGGAAUUGAUAGAUAAUGAUCCUGAAGAUAAUAUCAAUAUAGAUUUACUAGAGUUCGUUACUUUUUUCAUCCAAAAGCUUGCAGAGCUCAAUUCAGGAAAUUCUGCGCAAACCAAACUACCAAAAACUGUGACGAUGUUGAAAAGUGGUUUUACUAUUGCUUACACUUCCGAAAAAACUGUCAUUCAUGAUAUGUAUCAUAGUUCCGGAAGCAUGGCUGGUAGACUGAGAGCUCUUCAGAGUGAAUCUAUAACACUCCAAAAAUACCACAAUGAUAUAUAUGACGUCCCCGAAACAGCUACGUUGAAGGAAAAUGAUCAAGAUUCUAGACUGAGAAGAUUGAUCCGAACUGUCGCAUUGAUGUGUUUAAUGACACCUGAAGAAGUUUAUGACCCAUUCUAUUGUUUCAGCAUCAUCAAAAGCUUCCCUGAAAAAGUGUUUGCAGAUACCAUGGAUUCAAUGAAUGUAGAAGGUUCUUUAAGAAGGAAGGGUCAGAGUCGUAGAAUUCCAACUACUACAUUAUGUCUUUCAGAAAUGUUCGUGAGAAGCAUGGUAGGUCAGCUUCCUGAAAAUUUCUUCCUUCAAGCGAAAGACUAUACUAUCUUCUUAAGUCGACAUGAAGUCAAAACCCGAUAUACCCCGGAGUAUGUGAGUAGCGGCAUGAUGGCUAGCUUAUUAGCAUCGUUUUCUAACUAUCAGCUUAAUCUUUACAUGGCGAAUAAAAAAGCACGAUUAGAAGAGUUGAAGCAGAAUGUACUUCGAACCAGGCAGAUAGAUAGAAAAUCGCUAGAGUUCGAGAUUGAUAUUGAAGGCAUCCAAGAUCGAGACCAAGUGAUGCCUUAUAUUCCUGAUCCUGAACGUAUCAAUUUGAGGCUUAUGUCGAAAGAAGAAUUUGAUACAGCAUUUACAACUUUUGUAUCUCACGAAAAAGACGGCCAUUUCACGGAUUUGAUAGGAAAAUUGGUCAGUGCUCUCUAUGAUGCUGGUGAAAAAGGGUUGACAGGAUAUCAGCUCAACAUUUAUUUAUUCAACGAUGCUGGUGCCACUGGUCCUUAUACUGAAGAAGACAUCCUUACAGCAAUAAACAGUCUAUGUAGUAAUCAACCCUCCCUCGUAUGUCGUGUUGGGUUUGAUUCUGUUCGCUAUGUUCAUGCUUUAUUCAUUGACCAGUGGGCUCUUGUGACAAAAAAUAUGCCUCAUCAGGAAGUUGCUCAAGCUGUACGAGAACAAACUUUGACAAGUGAUGUAGCAUCAAUUGAUAAAGCGAUCUCAGCAAUUAGAAAGGAGGUUAUUAUUCCAAAUUUGUGGACUGACAUCAAUGGUAAUACGACAAAUGUUGUUCUGACGGGCUGUAAAGAAGUUAUUGUCGAUUUGGUGUUGAGAAAACCUGGCAUUACAGAGGCUGAUAUUCUUCGCCAUUUUGGGUCCGCAUUGGGCCGCAGAGAAAUAAUGGAAUUGCUGGUCAUGUUAGUAAGGCAACAGGUGUUACGGCAAGUUUCUGUUAUCAAAGCAACUGGGCCUUGUAGCAAAAAGAAACCUUCACUUUUUGACAGAAAGAGAGCGCAUAUUGUGAAGAGCAAGACCUUACUAACUGACACUACUCAAACAUGCUACUGGGUUACAUCCAACAUCUUUUCAAAUCUUGCAGUGAAUUGUUAGUGUACAUCGAACGUAUAUGACUAUUGUUUUCAAUAAACAUGCAUUUUUCUAUUCUGAAAGUGGUGGGACAGUGCCUCAUUUUAAAUAUAUUUUAAAUUACAUGAGAAAAAUCUAAAUGGAUAAGAAAUGUUAGGCUUCACAGCAAUAUACUACGACAAGUCUUGGGCCAGAAUAAUAGCCUUGGGGCUGACUAUUACAGUUCCAAGUGUCA